AUGGCAUUCCGCUCCGAAGGCGCCGUCCGCGCCGCGUCUGCCACGUCGUCCUCGUGCGUGAGCGAGCGAGCGCUGCUGCUGGUUCGGACCGCCAUCUUCCUGUGGUGCUUCGGGCUGCUCACCUACUCGUCCUUCUAUGAGGGACCAAACUGCCUCCGCUUCUUCACGGUGUGGAACUUCAUCGCGCUGACCGCCUUCUUCGGGCUCGGCACCGCCCUCUCCUGCUCCUGCUGCCGCCACCUGGCGGAGCACGGGCCGGUGACGCCCGACCACCGCAUCGCCGCCGCGACGCACAAGGUGCUGCUCGAGCUCAACCUGCCGAUGAGCGUGCUGAUCGCCGUCGUCGUCUGGCUCGUCAUCUACCCGAACGACGCCGCCAUCGCCGAGCGGACCGGAGACACGACCGAGCUGCGGCGCGACCUCUCGCUCACCUCGCUGUCGAUGCACGGCGCCAACGUGCUCUUCAUGUCGCUCGAGUUCUUCCUCGACGCCCUCCUCGUCGCGCCGCGCCACCUCGGCCUCGUCGUGAGCUGGGCGAUGCUGUACGGGCUCUUCAACGGGCUGCAGGCCUACUGGACCGGCGACGCCGUCUACUUCUUCAUGGACUUCACCGUCAAGACGUCGCCGCUCAUCGGCGCCGGCCUGACCCUCGUCCUGUGCGCCGCCUACGCCGCCGUCUGCGUCCUCUCCGCCCUCAAGCGCCGGCUGCUCGGCCCAGCGCGCUGCGCCUUGCUCGGAGAGGGGCACGCCAGCGACGACGAGGCCCCCGCUGCGCGGUACGCCCUCUGGUCCGAGGACCUGCCACUCAAACCGCCGCGGUCGGCGGCCGAUGCGGGGAGCGCGAGUCCCUCUCACGCGACCGCGUCGUUGCAGCGGACGUCACCCAAGAGGUAA